AUGGCAUUAAAUGAGAAUUCUGAUGAUGCUAUUCUAAGAUAUCCGUUCCCAAGCGAUGGCUCCUUAUCAAUACCUGAUAUAUAUAAGUUUAUGAUUGUUGCUCGUCAUUCAUCAUGUUCAUAUAAUAAUUGUGUUUGUAUGGGAUGGAAACCUAUUGAUAAUCCUAAUAGAAUUACAAAGAAGGAAUGCAUGUCAUGUAAUCAUACCAUUUAUGAGCAUGUUGGGGAAAUAGAUGCUAUAGAUAGUGCGAGAGAUGAAUUUAUUCGAAAAGUUAAAGUUGCAAAUAGAUGUGAUGAGUUAUUGAAUGAAAGUGGUAUGCUGUUUGAUUUUGAUUAUGUAAAUGAUGAUAUUAAAUCAUUGAGAAAACAAAUGGUACUUCCUAGUGAUUCAUCUGACUUUAAUACAAAUUUAAAAAGAAGAUAUUGUGGCGAAUCUUUUUCAGAAUUCAAAAAACAUAAGGGUUUUGAAAAAAAUAUAAAUCAUAUUAAUGUACAGGAAAAUGAAAAUAAUGUCGAUUAUAAUUUUCAUCCGUUCUUGACUAAAGAAAAACCUGUUCUUAUUGAAGAAAGAGAAGGCCUUAUUGAAUUUCGUGUAGUAAACAAUGAUAAUUCUCGAGAUAAUUUAAUAAUACUUACUGGACUUAAAAAUAUUUUUCAAAAACAACUUCCUAAGAUGCCUAGGGAAUAUAUUGCUAGACUUAUAUAUGAUCGGAAUCAUUUAUCUAUGGUUAUUGUAAAGAAACCGUUAACAGUUGUGGGUGGUAUUACUUAUCGUCCUUUUAAUCAUAGAAAAUUUGCAGAAAUUGUAUUUUGUGCAAUAACUUCUUCUGAACAAGUAAAGGGUUAUGGAUCACAUUUAAUGAAUCAUCUUAAAGAUUAUGUUAAAGGAACUUCCCCUAUUAUGCAUUUUUUAACAUAUGCGGAUAAUUAUGCCAUUGGUUAUUUUAAAAAGCAAGGAUUUUCUAAGGAUAUUACAUUGGAUAAACCUAUUUGGAUAGGGUAUAUUAAGGAUUAUGAAGGUGGGACUAUUAUGCAAUGUAGUAUGCUGUCACGAGUACGUUAUUUGGAAUCUUCUCAAAUGUUAGCAAAGCAAAAAUAUGCUAUUCAAGAAAUUAUUAGAAAAAAAUCUAGGUCGCAUAUUAUAUAUCCUGGCUUAGAUAUUUUUAAAAAUGGUAUCACAGCGAUAGACCCCCUUUCAAUUCCUGGGCUUAAAGAAAUAGGAUGGUCUCCAGAAAUGGAUGAGUUUUUACAAAGACCAAAGCGUGCUGUUUUUUAUUCUACUCUUCAGCAUUUACUUACUGAAAUGCAAAAUCAUCCAUCUGCUUGGCCAUUUAUUCACCCUGUUAAUAAAGAUGAGGUUCCAGAUUAUUAUGAUGUUAUAAAAGAGCCUAUGGAUUUAUCGACUAUGGAGUUUAAAUUGGAUAAUGAUCAUUACGAUUCUGUAGAAGGUUUUUUAUAUGAUGCUAGAUUAAUAUUUAACAAUUGUCGAUCAUAUAAUAAUGAAACAACAACAUAUUAUAAGAAUGCCACGAAAUUAGAGAAAUUUUUAAUUUCGAAAAUAAAAGAGACUGAAUAUAGUUAUUUUAUCUGA